AUGAGGAUCCGAUCGAAUAGAGCUUCAUUGCUCUUCAACAGCUCCGCAGCAUCGAGGCUCCAGUCAUAUUCUUCGUAUUGCAGGUGUCAAUUGAUAUCCCAAAGCUCCGUACGACCUCUUCCGACCUCUAUAUACCACAAUCCCACCCGAAGGAGGCAGUCAUCAUGGGCGCAAGCUGUGGCAGUCGCGGGCAAUGUUUUUUCCAAUGCUACAGCGCGAGCAGUGGGACAGGGCGGCAUCAGCGUCGAUCCGCUACGGAUGGUAGCCAAAGAAAUGAAGUUUCUUACCGGUAACAUACGGAAUCUUCUGGGAUCCGGGCAUCCGUCCCUCGAUACCGUUGCGAAAUACUAUACGCAGGGAGAAGGAAAGCAUGUACGGCCUCUCAUCGUAUUGCUAAUGUCCAGAGCUUCUUCGCUGGCUCCAAAAUGCUCCAGAUAUAAUGGGCAGGCAAGCCCCAUAGACAUUGACAGCCCGAUUUCGCCAGUGUCUAUUUUGACCGAUGCCAAUCCCUCCUCUCCUUCCGCGAAUCCUAUUAAAAUUACCGAGACUUCAUACCCAGCAAGCGACAGCGAUAUUCUCCCUUCCCAGAGACGACUUGCCGAAAUCACCGAAUUAAUACAUACCGCGUCCCUUCUACACGACGAUGUCAUUGACCAUUCACUUUCACGGCGCGGGUCCCCAUCAGCGAAUCUUGAGUUUGGGAACAAGAUGGCUGUGUUGGCAGGGGAUUUUCUUCUCAGCCGUGCCUCUGUGGCAUUAGCUAGACUCCGCGACGCAGAGGUGACAGAGCUUUUAGCAUCCGUGAUUGCAAAUCUCGUGGAGGGAGAGUUCAUGCAAUUGAAGAAUACGGCGCGGGACGAGAAGAAUCCUGUCUGGACCGAGGAUACCGUCACAUAUUAUCUGCAAAAGACAUACCUGAAGUCUGCAAGUCUGAUAUCAAAAUCAUGUCGUGCUGCGGCCCUUUUGGGGGGUGCAGACUCAACGACGGUGGAUUCUGCGUAUUCGUAUGGGAAGAAUCUAGGUUUGGCGUUUCAAUUGGUGGAUGAUAUGUUGGAUUACACAGUCAGCGAGAAGGAGUUGGGGAAACCGGCAGGCGCGGAUCUAGAGCUGGGGCUUGCCACGGCACCGUUGUUGUUUGCAUGGAAAGAUAAUGAGGCAUUGGGAGCUUUGGUGGGUAGGAAGUUCGCCCAGGAGGGCGACGUUGCAAGGGCACGAGAACUAGUCUCCCAAAGUAAUGGUCUAGAGCAAACACGGGCCCUGGCCGAAGAAUACGUAAAUCGCGCCAUCUCCUCCAUCAGCGCAUUUCCAGACAGCGAAGCGAAAGAUGGAUUAAUAGACAUGGCUGUCAAGACAUUAAAGCGGAGGAAGUGA